AACAAUAUAUAUAAUCUCCCUGGGAGACCAUCAGUUCCAAUCCUAUCACUGCAAUCUCGCCUCAGACACCAACCUUUGAUCACUUCAUCACUUUCGACCGCUCUCACGAUGGCAUCUGAAACUACUGGUUCCUGCCUUUGCGGCGCCUGCACUUACUCCUACACUGGCGAGCCAGCCAUGAAAGCUCUCUGCUACUGCGGUCCUUGCCGCAGAGUUUCCGGAGGCACCAACACGGUCAACUUUGUCGUUCCCAGCGGCAACUUCACCGUCACAAAGGGCCAGACCAAGUCUUAUCCAUCAGAGCACGAGUAUGGAAUGACUCUGACCAUAUUCUUCUGCCCGGAUUGCGGAAAUACUUUGUGGAAGGAGGCGACCGCUGAGCAGUUCAAGGGGGUGAAACUGGUUCAGGCGGGAACACUGAAUGAUGCCAAGAAGUUAGAUACCACGAUCGAUGCGGAACUUUAUGCUCCAGAGAGGGCAUCCUUCCUAGCACCCAUUGAGAAUGCGGCCCAGAGGAAAGACUUUUAG